AUGUGCUCUCCUCAUUCCACCAUGCCAGGUAUCAUGCCUGAGCAGGACAACAUGCCUAUUCUAAAUUCACAACUGAAGAAGCGAAAAAGGGACUUGGCCCUGUCCGACGCUGUUAUUAUACCUAAUACCACCAAAUUUAUUCCGACAACACCUCGUACAACAAACGCCCCGUUUUGUUUAGACUGUCCAGAGCUGGUCGGUGAUAACGGAGAAUUCUCCGCUCCCCAGCGAUGCAUUCCUCGAAAACGACGAGUUCUUCAACAGUCAUAUAUCCACCCACAAAAGUCGAGCAUAGCGCAGGUGAAGAUAAUAUCACCAAAUAUUCGUACCUCCGGAACCUCCAAUGUACCGUCCCCUCCUGUAUCUCCUAGAACCCUUGUUCCGAGUCCUCAUUCGCAGCAUAAUACUUGCGCCUCUGCUUCAUGUUUACGACCGUGCCACAUAUGCCACAGAAGGCCAACUACCAAGGAAGUACUUGAUGCAUAUGUCGACUGUGAUUUGUGCGGCGAGCGUAGCUGCUAUAUUUGUCUCCGCCAGUGCGAUGCUAUUCAUUGCAGUGGCUCCAUAUAUCUUCUCGCGGAGAGCCAACUGCUCAAAGAUGCUUCGAGCCGGUUACAGGACGACACAAGCAAGAAUAAGUCACAUUUCGGACAGCCGAGGAAGAUAUGCUCGUGCUGUGCGGUGGAAGGAGUAACAGAAACAGGGAUAGAAGUGGUUCGAUGUUUGGACUGUAAACAAGCAGCACGCGACCAUCAGGUUACAUUUGGGAGAUAA